AUGGAAUCGGUAAAGAAACGCGAGAGGGACGUUUUGCCCAAACUUGAAACGCUGAUGGAGGACAUGGGAUUUUAUAAGGGAAAGUGCCGUACAACAAACCGAACUUUAGAACGCUGUGUAUGGCUUCUUUUAAUUUCGCCAGAAUCAAGGAAGGAAGUUGCUCGGGUAAGCGCUUGGAGGACAAACGAGCCGGCGUUGGAUGAAGCGGAACUAAAAAACAUUGGUGCAAAGCUCCGGUACCUCCUUAGCGAUUAUCCAUCCUUGGUGAAAAAGGUUUAUCGUGACGAGAUGGCGCAGUCAUUCUUCCCGGAUAGUGAGCCUGAACAUCAGAAUGGAAGAAUGCAAGGCAUUGCGUUCCUCACUAAACAUGGUCGAAUCUGUUUUCUCACCUUUCAGAGAAUAGUGUUUACGAUUGACCUUGUUACCGUGAAGGAAGCGGGUAUACUGAUCAUAUCCUUCGUGGCAAUCCUAGUUUGUCGCUGGUUCUCAAAUGGUGUGUCGGAGGAUGCAAGUAUGGGCGGUACCGUGCGGUUCGAUGACACCGUUGGUAUCCUCUACGAUCCAACUUUGGAUAUUGUAUCCAGGCUAGGCAAAUGGUCAAUUAUCAAGUGUUGGCUCCUCAUGGAGUCGAAAUACGCUGUGGAGAAGCAAAUGUUUCAAUGUUGCAAAGAUCUUAGUGAAGAUAGCGCGGAUCGUAUAGCUAGAUUCGUUGUGGAUACGUAUGUUGAGCCAACCUGGUUUGAUUCAGACGGAUUACCUAGCCUGGCUGCACUCGAUUCCAAGGAUAUUAUCCAUUUUCUCACUAAACUGAGCGAGGGCUUCGUCUUCUUUAUGAAUGUCGUGGAAUACUGGUGGUGUCAAUUCGUCAAUUCUCCUUGCAGUCUUGGAGCAAUUCACAGUACUACUCAGUACAUGGCGAAUCUGCUUAGGUAUCUCUCUGCUCGUGUGGACACAUUUGCGAAAGAAAAUCAUCCGAACGGCGACACAACACUCAUCUAG